AGGAACCGCCUAUAAAGGGCGUGAGAAUCGAGGUCCGGGCACCAGUUUCCUUCUCUUUCCCGCCAUCAUGCAGUGGAAGCUAUUUGUUCUCCUCGGUUUGGUUGCCAUGGCAACAGCCCGCCCCGAUAGCAUCCUCGACCUCGUGUUCGAUACCUUUAGUCACGGCCAGGACUUCGACGACCAAAAAGUGUUCGGUUCCUACAGCUGGCGAUCCCCCGACGGCACAGAAUACUUCGUGAAAUACGUGGCUGACGACGACGGCUACAGAGUCCUCGAGUCGAACGCCGUCCCCGUCAGCGUGGGCGGAGUCUUCGCGAACGGGCAGCAGGGGGCGUUCCUCUCGUCGGAAGAGUUUGAUUUCGAUGACAGGAAGUGAGGAGGAAGGAAGGAAAUGAGGAGGAAGGAAGGAAGAGGAGGAGGAAGGAAGAAAGGGGAGGAGGAUGGAAGGGAGGAAAGGAAAAGGAUGGGAGGAGGAAGGAAGGAGGAAGGAUGGGAAGAGGAAGUGAAAACGAGGGAGUGAGGGAGGAAGGAAUGAAGGAGGAGGAGAGGAGAAGGGGGUGAUGAAAAGUUCUGGCUAUGUCAUUACACGUCUUUAUUCCUGGAUAUGUUAAUUUAUCUGUAUCUGUUGGACUAACACGUUGGAACAUGA